CCCCGGUUUGGGCGCGCGCACCUGAGGCAGCGAGGACCCGGAUCAGAGAGGGUAGAGGGACAUCAUGUCGGCACGGCAUACCUCGUUUGUAGCGCAGGCGGUGAUGCGCGACUUGCACGAGUCUGUGGCGACGUUGGAGCACGAGCUCGAGCGCCUUGUUCGUCGCGCGCAUCAGUUGCAGAAGGCGCUGCGAGUUGUGGCGGAACACCAGGAACAGCUCGACAAGCAGCUGCUGCAGCUUCCGCAGUUCAAGGCCGUGGGCAAGGAGCAGUGGGAGGAGGCAAUUGCCGAGUAUUCGGCGAUUCAGUCGGGACUGCGGCCAGCGCUCGUGCGGCUGGCACGGUACAAGCACCUGGAGAUUGCUGUAGAGGGCGAGAAGCUCGACGUGCUGCUGGAGCAGGCGAACGCGCUCGGUACGCUCAUCGCCCACGAUCCAUCAAAGCCACGGACGAUUGGAUCGAUUGUGGCUGCGCUGCGGUCAGCGUUUGUAGAGGUCGGCUCGGCCGACGAUGUGGCGCUGGGCGACGACGAGCCGGCGUACUAUGUGGUGGGCGGGGCCUUUGGCCACACAAACGCGUCGAUGCGCGACUUGGGCUUGAGCUCGUUUCAGGCGCUCGAUGAUCUGGGCCUGGCCACCGUCGCUGAUCUGCGGGAGGCUGGGAUCAGAAGCCGGGAAGAGUUCGAUGCGUUUGUGCGGGCACAGACACAGAGCGCCGACACGGAGCGCAACGGGCGAAAUGAAGGCUGACCACCAUCACA